GAGGUGGGCAGUACUAAGGGACUGAGUUCAUGCAAUACAACAGAGAUUGUCAGAGCUCUGCGUACAACUACAGCAGAACGCCUAUCUGAGUGCGCGCGAGUGAUGCUGCACCUAUAGGCGCACUUUCCACCUUCCUUCUCCGUUGGGGAACGCAAGCACUGACAGUCCACAACUCUAUGUUUUCUCAAAAUAGAUAUUUCGCUCUCCAUGCCCCACUGGCAAACUAGUGGAUGUCAUUAAAUGACGUGUCAGAGGAUGUUUUCAGUGAAGUUAAGCAAACGCACUUGACGCACAGAGAGGGAAAAAAACAACUUCACUAAAACAGUUUCUGGGCGUACGAGGAGAGUUCCCAGGUUUUCUAAUGAUGACUGUGUUACUGAAUUGAAAUAAGAAGUAUUGCAAAGCCAUUUGGAGCACCGCCGUCUCUCCGCGCGUGGGAUUCAAACAGUAUCAUCCGAGCGCGAGACAUCCGAGGAGGAAUUACGUCGUCUCUUCUAAAAAAGUCGUUCACACACGUUUUUCGCUCUUCGUGCGCGGACCGUGGACUUUUGCAUGGACAUGGAUCGUUUUCUUUAGUUGGAUAACGACCGGUCAGAACGUUGAGCUGUUUGAUUCUGGGAUUUUCUUCAGUCUGCUUCAUGGCACUUCAUCUCCUCCAGCAGUGAUGCCGCUACGUGACGCGAAUUGAGAGUUCGUUCCAUAUUCACAGAGAAAUCCGAGACUUGCAGAUCUUUGAAGUGAGAGUGUACCACCUACUCUGAGUAUGGACUUGGCAAUUGAGGCUCAUGUUCUGGCGGUUUUACUCACCUGCCUGUUCUUGAUGAGCCAGGCUCAAGAGAAGGACUACACGGUAAAAGAGGAGCAGCCCGAGAAUGUGCGCAUCGGAAACCUGCGCAAAGACCUAAACUUGAACCUAGACCCGAACGUUAAACUGUCAUCUGCGCUGCAGUUUAAACCCGUCUACAAGACGGGCGACGUGCCUUUGGUGAAAGUAGAAGCCAGCACGGGAGAGAUUUUCACCACAGCCAACCGCAUCGACCGCGAGAAGCUCUGCUCUGGAGUCUUCAACGAGAAGCGCUGCUUUUAUGAGAUCGAGGUCGCCGUGCUACCCGACGAGAUUUUUCGUCUGGUGAAGAUCCGCUUCCUCAUCGAAGACAUCAAUGACAACGCCCCGCUGUUCCAGUCUACGGUCAUCAACAUCUCCAUUCCUGAGAACACGGCCAUCAACAGCCGCUAUCCCGUCCCCUCUGCGUUUGACCCUGAUAUAGGAAUCAAUGGGAUCCAACACUAUGAGCUUGUCAAGAGCGUAAGUGAAUUUGGUCUGGACAUCAUCGAGACCCCAGAGGGAGACAAAUGGCCCCAACUCAUAGUCCAGCAGAGCCUAGAUCGAGAGUCGAAGGACACCUUUGUGAUGAAAAUUAAAGUAGAGGAUGGUGGCACCCCUCCAAAGUCCAGCACAGCCAUUCUGCAGGUCACCGUCUCGGAUGUGAAUGACAAUCGGCCGGUAUUCAAGGACAGUGAAGUGGAGGUGAAUGUUCCUGAGAAUGCCCCAAUGGGAACAUCUGUCACUCACCUUCAUGCCACAGAUGCUGAUCUGGGCUCCAAUGCUCAGAUUCACUUCUCCUUCAGCAACCAAAUCUCCCCUGCCACCAAACGACAUUUCGCUAUUGACAGCACAACUGGACUGAUUACUGUCAAACAGCCUUUGGACAGGGAAGUCAACCCCGUCCACAAGCUUAUAGUGCUGGCCAGUGACGGAAGCUCUACCCCUUCAAGGGCUACAGUUAUAGUCAAUGUAACGGACGUUAAUGACAACGUCCCCUCUAUAGAUACACGUUACAUAAUGAAUCUUGUUAAUGGCACUGUGCUGUUGUCUGAAAAUGCCCCGCUGAACACAAAAAUAGCCCUGAUUACUGUGACGGAUAGAGAUGCUGACCUGAACGGGAAAGUGACCUGCUACACAGAUCACGAUGUACCUUUCAGGUUAAAGCCGGUCUUCAAUGACCAGUUCUUGCUGGAAACUGCCACACUCUUAGAUUACGAGACCACUCGUGAGUAUGCAAUUAGGAUAGUCGCAUCUGAUUCUGGAAAACCUCCUUUGAACACUUCGGCAAUGGUUCUUAUUAAAAUCAAGGAUGAGAAUGAUAAUGCCCCCAUUUUCCCACAGCCGGAAAUCCAGCUGUCCAUUCCGGAAAACAAUGACCCUGGAACGCAGCUGAUAAAAAUCAGUGCCACAGAUGCAGACAGCGGUUCGAAUGCUCUUAUUAUUUACAGUCUCGGCCCAGAUGCCCCGGAUGGGUUUAACGUAGAUCCGCGGUCAGGAAUCCUUUCUGUUAUCAAAAGGCUAGAUAGAGAGAAGCAGGAGAAGUAUUCAUUCACAAUCAUUGCCAGGGAUAACGGUUCUACCCCUCUUCAAAGCAACGUCACAGUAAAGCUAAUAGUCCAGGACCAGAAUGACAACAGUCCAGCUUUUACCCAUCCUGAGUACAACUUCUACGUGCCUGAGAACCUGCCUUUGUACGGGACAGUGGGGUUGAUCACAGUGACAGAUGCUGACGCUGGUGACAACGCAGUCGUCACCCUCUCAAUUAUUAAUGGGAAGGAUAAUUUUAUCAUCGACCCCAAAACCGGGGUGAUCAAACCAAACAUCACAUUCGACAGGGAGCAACAGAGUUCAUACACUUUUGUCAUCAAGGCUGUGGAUGCGGGCGCAAUGCAAACCACCUCAUAUGCCAAGGUCACCAUAAAUGUUGUUGAUGUAAAUGACAAUCGUCCGGUGUUCGUCAUCCCUUCCUCAAACUACUCCUAUGAUCUGGUUCCUUCAACCACCAGCCCUGGAUCUGUGGUGACAAGAGUGUUUGCUAUUGACAAUGAUACCGGAAUGAAUGCCGAGCUGCAGUAUAGUAUCAUUGGAGGCUCGCCGAGAGGAUUGUUCACAAUUGACAAAAAGACAGGCAACAUUACUCUGCAGGAAAAGAUAGUAACGGCAGACCAAGGUCUCCAUAGACUGGUGGUAAAGGUCAAAGAUUUGGGACAACCGGAGUCUUUAUAUGCAAUUGCUCUUGUUCAUUUGUUUGUGAAUGAUACUGUCUCAAAAGCUACGUUCAUUCAGGAGCAGCUACGCAAGAGCUUGGAGACCCCGUUGGACCGUAAUGUUGGCGACAACGAUGUGAUACCUCAAACCAACGGUUAUGUAAUUGUCGUCAUUGCUAUAAUCGCUGGGACUAUGACAGUCAUCUUGGUGAUUUUUGUCACCGCCCUGGUGCGCUGUCGACAGACGCCGAGGCAUAAAGUCGUCCAAAAGAGCAAACAGAGCGGUGAGUGGGUGUCGCCCAACCAGGAGGGCCGUCAGAUUAAAAAGAAAAAGAAGAAGAAGAAGAGGUCGCCGAAAAGUUUGCUGCUUAAUUUCGUCACCAUCGAGGAAUCCAAGAGUGACGACCCCACCCACGAGCACAUCAACGGCACCUUAGACCUCCCCGUCGAACUUGAGGAGCAGACAAUGGGAAAGUACAACUGGGCGACCACACCGACUACCUUCAAACCCGACAGCCCCGACUUGGCCAAGCACUACAAGUCAGCGUCUCCUCAGCCAACAUUCCAGAUCAAACCAGAGACCCCCGUGGCUCCCAAGAAGCACCAUGUCAUUCAGGAACUCCCGCUGGACAACACGUUCGUGGUGGGCUGCGACUCGCUCUCCAAAUGUUCAUCCAGCAGCUCUGACCCCUACAGCGUUUCAGAGUGCAGCUGUCAAGGGGGCUUCAAGGCACCUGGGCAAAUCCACACCAGACAGGAGACGGCACUGAACCCACCACUCUAUGGCACACACUGUGGCACAGGUACAGCUCGCUCCCACAGGAUAAAAAUCAAUCUCUAGCUGCCAUUUCCUAAAGAGGGGCAGGGAGGGAGAGGAAGGCCCUCACUGAAGAGGUGAAAACACAAACUGUACAGAUUCUCCAGCCUCAAUCGAGGCCCGGAGUGAAACGCCAGACUAAAUUGACUGUCCGGAAACUCUGCCCGCGAACCGUGGGAGGUUUGAAAUGCUUUGUUAAACCCUUUUCGUCCUCACUCACCGGCCUCGCCGAAUAGGGCACAAGACGCCUGUAGCGUUUUUCCACUCCUCUGCUUAUCCAAAUGGAAUAUGAAAACGACCUCUGUAUAGGAUGUUUAUGUAGAUAUGUAUUUAUGUAUACGCAGCACAGUCCUUAUGUUUAUUUAUUGUUUUGUUUUUUUCACACAUUAGACAAAGUUUGAUGUGCCUGGUGCUUGUUUCUCAAUUUUAUUUUUACAAAAAGAUAUCUUUUGCUCACCUGCUGUUGAUGUUUCAUUUGUUCAUUCUGUGCUCGUAUGUAAGGGACGAAUUUGUUACCACCUCACUUCACGUCCCACACCGGCCGUGAUACACUGUCACGGCUUUCUCACCUAUCGCCGCUGUCCUGCUCUCAUUAGACCUCACAUUAAAAUGCACGGCCCUCCGUAGGAGGCACCAGCACGCCACGGUAGGCUUUAGCUGUGUCACCGAUUGCCUCAGAACUUGGGAUGUGGAAGAUUUUAAUAAAACCCUAAUGCUUUGCUAAGCUGCAAUCAUAGGGGACAGCUCUCCUGGUUCCUAAUCACAGAAUUGUCUUGAAUGGGACACCGGGUCUGACCUUUAUAUGUCGUCUGUUGUAGUCAGCUUAUAAAACCAGAGCCAAUAUAACCUGUGAGAUGUAUUUUACUGAUUUUGAAUAGAAAGCCUCCGGCAAUCUGUUAUGUGAGAUGGUAGGUUGUAGUUACAUCACCUGGGUGUUUGUAUACAGUAACCUGACAUGCUAUGUAUUCAUACAGUACAACCGAGAAAAAAACAUGUAAAAAAAUACGAAGUAGACAAUACCGAGCACGAUUAAGUGGACUAUUCAGAUUUCAUGUCGACAGCAAUAAAUUUAAAGUUAAACAAGAAUUCACCGAGCACUUUCAAAUCUUGAUAAUGAGCAUCUCACAUUUGUAAAACUUUGGAAGAUUCCAGAAUAACUAUUCGUUUUUAAUACAGCAUUGAUAAAUUGCUUCAGUGGAUGGCACUUUUGUUCAAGCAGUAAUUUACUCCUUUAGCCGAUGGACUGAUUUACAGAAGUGUCUUUUGACCUCUCAUUCUUGCGGAGGUAUCAGUUCUUAUUGGUGUCUGAUAUGUUACAGAGUUGAAAACAAAGAAUGACUCAUUCAUAGAAAUGCAGCACUGUGCUGGAAACAGUUCGACAUGCUUAAAUAUUCACGAUAGACAAAGGAGAGAAAAAAGAAUAGGAGUUUUUAAUGUAAGGGAGAUGAACGUAUCACUUUCAUGAAAUAUAAAGCACCUUACAUGAUCUUUGUAAUUGACUUUGAUUUGCCAACGUGUGAAGUAAACUGUAUAUAACUGUUUUAUGUAUGUUUGAGCUUUAAAAGUUUAUUAAAGUCUUUUGCAUUUUACUGCACAUUUCCAUGCAUCAUUUAUUAACC